UCAGGUUAGCAGAAGGAACUUCCUCUGACAUCCGGGCAGCAGGCAGGAGCAUCUGUGCCUAAGGGCCUGGGGUGUGUUGUGGGGGAAGGGAGAAAGGAAAUCUGGAACCCAUAAGCUCCACUGAUGUUUUCAUUACCUUGUACUGUUGUAUUGGUCUGUGCUUGGCCCCACCCCCAGCCCUUCCUGCCCUAUCAGCAAAGGACAUCAACAAAGUUAUUCAAAUGUCCCUCCUCUCCUUAGCCCCCCCCAACAAAAAAAACCAAAAAAACACCCAGCUCCUUGAAGGUUGGGGAGGCUCCGAGCCUUGAGGAAGUUUGGGAAGUCUGGCCAGUGGACACGUCAGGGCUGCAUUCCCUAAGCUGGCUUUGUCUGCUUCCCAGGCUGCCUCUCCAGAUGCACUGUGGCCUUUGCAGGCCCUCCAUCCUGUGAGGUCCAAGGCCCCGGUGCCUGCCAGGUGGGAGAGGCUCCUGGGCUGGAGGGGACCAGUGCUGAGAAGAUGAAAGAGGAGAGCAUGUGCCCGGACUCCCCUGAAGGCAGCCUGGUCACAAGUGAGGAGGAGGGUGAACGGCUUCAUAAGAAAUGUCUCCGCAAGCGCGCCCAGCUGGGCAAGCCCAUGGAGGAGUGCAGCUCACAUUCGCCGCAGGGCAAGCGCAGCAAGCGCAGCCCCGUCCCCCAGUCCUUCGAGGACGUGCACACUCAGCGGGUGAUCGCCAACGUACGGGAGAGGCAGCGCACCCAGUCGCUCAACGAUGCCUUUGCCGAGCUGCGCAAGAUCAUCCCCACGCUGCCCUCCGACAAGCUCAGCAAGAUCCAGACCCUCAAGCUGGCCGCACGCUACAUAGACUUCUUGUACCAGGUGCUGCAGAGCGAUGAGCUGGACCACAAGAUCACCAGCUGCAACUACCUGGCCCACGAGAGGCUGAGCUACGCCUUCUCCGUCUGGAGGAUGGAAGGGGCUUGGUCCAUGUCUGCUUCUCACUGAACCCGCAGGAUCCAGCCAACAGGUCCUCCAACACAAUGGCAAAGCCUCAUGCAGCAAAGGGGGAGAUAAGUUCAGCCCAAGAGAUCUCGGAGGCUUCCUCCUCCAGAUCCAAGCCUGUUUGGGUGCCAAUUCAGGGUGGUAGCACGGACACAAGAAAGGGCAGUGAGAUCCUGCCAAUAAAAUUCUUUCUAUGGAUCAAAGAAACAGAUGCCUGACUGAUUGGUCUGUUUGGAUACAUCGAGAGUGUGAAAGCAAGCAAGAAAAAAAAGGCUGGCCAAUGACAGUGCUCCCAUUCAGGGGUAACCCAUCAGGAUUACACUGAUAGAAGAGAAAUCUCCCCAAACUAUUUGUUCUUAAAUAUGCACUUUAAAUUAUCCACAUGCUUUUCCCAUGGUAAGGGGCUAAUUGGGCAGCCACAGGGGAAAAGAAGGGAAAAGUCCAACCUGGGGCUCUAAUGUCAAGUCUGUUUUGGCUCAGUUCUGCCCUGUCAUUGAGCUUGACAAGCACAAAAAGGCUCUUUACACUUGUGCUCCAAUGGAGGAAUCUGUGAGGCCCCUGCCUCAGGUGAUCCAUGAACAGACCCACCCAGGAAGCUCCCCUGGGCUUCGAUUGCCGAGGGAGGCAAAGAAUGCCUGGCCCACUUUAGGCCAGCUGUGUUGCUGGGCUGUGGUUUUCCUGUUGGCAGGGCUAGACGGCCAGUCGUAGGUUUGCACCUGUGCAGUGCUCUUCACCGUCUGGCUCUGUUGUCUCCCGGCCCUUGGAUUUUGUAAAUUUGCGUGUGAUUGAAUUCACGAGAAAGUUUCCGCCUGUGCAUUUUCUGAUUGCACCGAGCGUUUGGCAGUUGUAUCCCGGACAGCACAAUCCCAGACAGCGCUAUCCCGGGCAGCACAAUCCCAGACAGCACAAUCCCGGGCAGUACAAUCCCAGACAGCUCUAUCCCGGGCAGCACAAUCCCAGACAGCGCUAACCCAGACAGCACAAUCCCAGACAGCGCUAUCCCGGGCAGCACAAUCCCAGACAGCACAAUCCCAGACAGCGCUAUCCCGGGCAGCACAAUCCCAGACAGCACAAUCCCAGACAGCGCUAUCCCGGGCAGCACAAUCCCAGACAGCACAAUCCCAGACAGCGCUAUCCCGGGCAGCACAAUCCCAGACAGCACAAUCCCAGACAGCGCUAUCCCGGGCAGCACAAUCCCAG